CAACACCAACAGUGGUGGGGUAGCGCCAACGACAGGUGCUGGCGAGGUGCAUGUAGCGCCAACAACGAGGCAGACUUGAUGGAUGAUAGGCAGGCAUUGGAUGGGGAGGUAGAAACGUGGAACGGGGUUAUUUGAUUUUCGGCGGGUAGCUGGAGCCUCGUUUGUAUGAGGGGCCUGGGGUAUAGAUAGUGGUUGUGCCAUUUCUAUCUUACGAGAAACCGCACAUACACCCUUCCUACAAGCAAACCAACCCAAAAAAUGGGCGCCUACCUCUCAACCCUCCUGAACCGCCUCGUCGGCACCACCACUGUCCGACACACACAACAAACCCACACCUACCACGACCUCAAAGCACCCCUCCCAUCCAGCCACCAGUCAUUCGACGAAAAGUUCCCCCUCCUCACAACCACAUCCGCCGCUUCACCUUCUACCAACUUCCUAGUCCCAGGCGUCCCAAAAACCGACGCACAACUCGCCGACGAAUUCAGCGGCCUGAUUCUCUUCUCCCGCACCCCCACCAUCUUCCGCCAUCGCCUUUCCACCACCUUCCCCCCUCCACCUACUACUGCUUCCGAUGUCAGCACCACAUCGUGGACAUCGUCCCUCGCCCUCGCAAUCCUCCACUCCAUCACCGCCGCCAUCGAAGCCGGUGUCCCGCUUGGGGCUGCGAAGGAGGUUGUGGAGACGGCGAACAGGGAUGUAGAGGGGUGGAUUGGGGAACAUCCGGUUAUGGCGGGGGUGGUGGCGAUGGUUGUUGCCCUUGGGGUGUUGGUGGUGGUUGCGCCGUGGGUGGUGGAGGGGUUGGGGUUUGGGGGGGUGGGGGUUAGAUUGGGUGAGUGA